AUGGAUUUACGCGCUUUAGAUGACCCCCCGCCGCCAGAAGUGACCCAAUUGACCGAUAUAAACACUAUUUCAUGCUGGGAGCAGUGGCUCAAGCUUUCUUACGGUACCUCAGACCUUCAUAUCAUCAGAGCCUGGAGCCUCACCUCCCACGCCACAGAGCUGGCCUUCGACUCACAGGCUCGCGCAUUACGGGGUCCCCUGGUGUAUUCGUUCCUGGACGGGGAUCGUCUCCCAGCAGGUGUGGGGCGGGAGGAGCUUUUGGGGGGCCGACAUUUUUCUUUUGAUUGGGCGCAGCUUGUGUACCCUGUGGGGGCCCUGGGGGCCCCCCCAGCCUUCGCUGCAUGCCCCGCAGGCACCUUUAGGUGUUUCGUCGCUCUCUGCCCCCACUGCAUUCUGAUAGGCCAUCACUCAGCUGCAGACUUUUCGGAGCAUCCGCUCAUAUCAACUCUCGACGCCUACAAGAUGAGCAUGCAAGGCACCUCCCCAAGUGAAGAUGCUAUAAAUAUAAGAAGAGAAAAAAUAAUAAAAGAACUGCAACAAAACCACCAGCUGCUGUCUCGCCUGCAUGCAAACUUUGCGUCUGUACACCGCAGGAUAGAUGACUCCAACAAGCGGCGGAUUUGUUUGGGGGGCCAACAAGGAUAG